AUAUUUCUCAGGUUAAGUAUUUAUGUCUCUCAAGAAACCCAAUCCUCUCAGUAUUUCUAUACGUUAAUCAGGUGGUACUUUUAUAACAAAUCUUCUGCUGAAUUAUCUGAAAAAUAAAAAAUAAUAUUGUAAUCUAAGGUUAAGUAUUUAUGUCUCUCAAGAAACCCAAUCCUCUCAGUAUUUCUAUACGUUAAUCAGGGGGUUCUUUUAUAACAAAUAUUCUGCUGAAUCAUCUGGAAAAUAAAAAAUAAUAUUGUAAUCUAAGGCGCUUUGCCUCUAUGAAUAAACAGCACAAAAAUCUUACCAGAUAGAACAAUGGAAUUACUAUCCAUAUUUCUCAGGUUAAGUAUUUAUGUCUCUCAAGAAACCCAAUCCUCUCAGUAUUUCUAUACGUUAAUCAGGUGGUACUUUUAUAACAAAUCUUCUGCUGAAUUAUCUGAAAAAUAAAAAAUAAUAUUGUAAUCUAAGGUUAAGUAUUUAUGUCUCUCAAGAAACCCAAUCCUCUCAGAUUUCUAUACGUUAAUCAGGUGGUUCUUUUAUAACAAAUCUUCUGCUGAAUCAUCUGGAAAAUAAAAAAUAAUAUUGUAAUCUAAGGCGCUUUGCCUCUAUGAAUAAACAGCACAAAAAUCUUACCAGACAGAACAAUGGAAUUACUAUCUAUAUUUCUCACGUUAAGUAUUUAUGUCUCUCAAGAAACCCAAUCCUCUCAGUAUUUCUAUACGUUAAUCAGGUGGUUCUUUUAUAACAAAUAUUCUGCUGAAUCAUCUGAAAAAUAAAAAAUAAUAUUGUAAUCUAAGGUUAAGUAUUUAUGUUUCUCAAUAAAACCCAAUCCUCUCAGUAUUUCUAUACGUUGAUCAGGUGGUUCUUUUAUAACAAAUCUUCUGCUGAAUCAUCUGGAAAAUAAAAAAUAAUAUUGUAAUCUAAGGCCCUUUGCCUCUAUGAAUAAACAGCACAAAAAUCUUACCAGAUAGAACAAUGGAAUUACUAUCUAUAUUUCUCAGGUUAAGUAUUUAUGUCUCUCAAGAAACCCAAUUCAUUUCUAUACGUGAAUUAGGUGGUUCUUUUAUAACAAAAUGGAAGUAGCAUUCAAGAGCAAUAAAAAAGUUUUAUAAUGCUCCAAAAAUGGACAUAGAAAACGAUCAAAACCGCCAAAAUGCAACCACGAACUAUAUAUUAAGUCAUAGAAAUUGUAAUGAAUGAGAAUUAGAAGUUUGCUACAUACAGUGAUGAGAAUCCAAUGAGGAAACAAGAUUCUUCAACAAAUUCGGAAAAUUGUUUGUAACUUUUGAAAAAAAAAAUUAAUUUUGGGAGCAAUUUGAUAUUUGUAGGGAGCAUUUCAGGAGCAACUUUUUGAUAUAUUCAUUUCAGGUAAUGUUCUGAAGGAGGUUUUCCAAUUGAUGCUCAGAUAUGUACCACUAAAAUCUAGUCAAAUAGAAGAACUAAGAGAGAAAAUCAUAGAAUUGUCAAUAAAGUAUAAGCUUCUGUACACGUUCAGUAUUCCUUACAGAGCUUUGAUUAAUCCUGUCAUGACUGCUUACCUAGAGGCAUUUUCAACAGAGGCUCCAUUUGAUAUUGUCGAAUGUGACAGGUACCAGGGGGACAAUCACAAAGGUUUAAAAGUGACAGCGAAAAGAGACAUUCCAAGAAACACAAUAUUAAAAUGCAUAGUAGGAUUUUACCAGAAUUUAGAUUUUGAAACCAAAGUAUAUUUAGAUAAAGAAAAAUUAGAUUUUUCUGUGAUGAAGAGUUCAAGAAAAAAUUUAGAUAUGCUCCUGCUUGGUCCGGUAGCAUUUAUCAACCAUGAUUGUAAUGCAAAUUCAUGUUAUAUAUCAUUAUCCAGAAAUUUUGUGAAAAUAAAAACCAUUAGAAAAAUUCAAGCUGGUGAAGAAAUUUUAUGUAACUACUCUUCAAAUUAUUUUGGUGCUGAAAACAAAUAUUGCGAAUGUGUAACUUGUCAAGAAAAUGGUAAAGGAUAUUUUAUGAAGAAAAAUUCAAUAAAAAUAACGAGUCAAAAUAAGGAUGAUGAUAUUCAGCCAAGCAAUAUUAUAAGUAAUAAUUUCUCAGAGAUGUCAUCAGAACAGGUCUUGAAAUUGAACCUAAAUACCAUAUCUAUUCACAGCAGUUAUAUAGCGCUGAGUGUUUCUAGAAUAUUUUCAAAAAAUAUUCUUUCUAGUAUUCGACUACAAGUUUGCCAAACUUUGAGUAAUUAUUUUUCUACUGAUCAAUUUAUUUUCAAAUCAUCUCAGAGUGGUACAGAUAUUGUAAUAGUAAUUAAUAAAUUAUAUUUAAAGUUUGAAAUUGAACAGUUAUAUUGGUUAGAAUCAAUUAUUAAAAAUUAUCUGAAAACUGAUAAGCCAAAUUUCCAUGACUUCAUCCAAUGCUGCGUUGAGAAUGAUAUUUCUAUUCAAUUAAAUUUGAAAAGUUUGUUAAAUCCAUAUUCAAUUGGAUUUUCCAGUGUUUGCCUAAGUCCUCAUAUGGAAUAUACAAUAAUGUUCGACUUUGAAGAGGAAUUUUGUGGUUUUUCCAUGUAUAAGAAAUUAGAUCAAAAGAUUGAUCGUGCAUAUAUAAAGUUAGAAAAACUGCAUCCGCUAGUAAUUAAAAGAUAUCAAAAAAAGUCAAAAGAUGGGAAUACUUUUUGCAUAUUCUGCCAGAAAUUUGUAAAAAAAUUUAGCAGACACCUAAGUAAUAAGCACAUCGAUAAUGAUGUGGUAAAAAUGUUUUUAAUUGAGAAUGAAAACAAAUCGUCAAAAAGAUUAGCGAUAAAUUUCAUUAGGAACCAAGGACUUGCAAAAUACAAAGAUAUAACGGGAACGAUAAUGCCUGCAAUGAAGAUUAGAGUAGAUGCAUUAAAUCCAGUUCAAAAAGUUCAAUGUGAUAACUGCUUUGGGUUUUUUUCAAGAGCAACUAUGUGGAAGCACAAAUUAUACUGCAGAAAAUUGUUAUUGUCCGAAAUUCGCUCUACUCAGCCAUAAUAUAUCAUACAACUUUUCAUUGCCAUAUCAAUAGAAAAAUUAUGAUAUAUGAAUAAGCUGAUGUUGAAAGUUUAUUCAAGAAAAUUAAAAUUAGAAAAUUAAAAACUUUCAAGAAACAUAUCAUUAAGGAUCCCCUAUCCCUAUAUAGAUAUACAAACGAAUGGGACAAUCUU